AUCUUGAAUGUGCGACCUGACAAACACGAAUCCAAACCACUACUUCAUCCGCCACUCCCAUCGCAACCAGUGCGUCCGCUACUUUCUACGUCCCCAACUUACAGUCCGAAUCAUCGAACAGUCUGCGAAUCCGAACCAUAGGUGCAUUGUGCCCACGCAGCCAACAUGGAACGCUUUCGAAGUAUGAUGAACGGUAUGGGCGGCCAGCUUGGCGCCGCCCCCGGAACGGACAAUUUGCAGUUGAUCGAUAACGCAGAGACCGUCUAUAUUUCCUCCCUCGCCCUCCUCAAGAUGCUGCGGCACGGCCGCGCCGGUGUGCCCAUGGAAGUCAUGGGGCUUAUGUUGGGCGAGUUUGUCGAUGACUUCACAGUACGCGUCGUUGAUGUCUUUGCUAUGCCACAAAGCGGUACCGGAGUCAGUGUCGAGGCAGUCGACCCGGUGUUUCAGAUGAAGAUGAUGGAUAUGUUGCGGCAAACAGGAAGGCCUGAGUCCGUCGUGGGCUGGUAUCACUCACAUCCCGGUUUCGGCUGCUGGUUGUCGUCGGUGGAUAUCAACACGCAGCAGAGUUUCGAGCAGCUCACACCACGUGCCGUCGCUGUGGUGGUUGAUCCGAUUCAGUCCGUCAAAGGAAAGGUCGUCAUAGAUGCUUUCCGCCUCAUCAACCCGCAAUCUCUCAUGCUCGGACAAGAGCCCCGCCAAAGCACCUCCAACCUGGGUCACCUCAACAAACCUUCGAUCCAAGCAUUGAUCCACGGUCUGAACCGUCACUACUACUCGAUAAACAUCAACUACCGCAAGACGGCACUCGAGGAGAACAUGUUGAUGAACCUUCACAAGCAAGUAUGGACCGAGUCUCUGCAGAUGGAUGAUUUCCGAACCCAAGGACAGAAUAACAAGGAGCGCUUGGACCGGUUGGUCAGCUUGUCAGAAGGCUACGAAAAGCGCGUGAAGGAGGAGACGGAGCUCACCAAGGACCAGCUCAAGACGCGCUACGUCGGAAAGCUAGACCCCAAGAAGCAUUUGGAGGACGUUGGACAGCAGCUCAUCGAGGACAACAUCGUCGCCGUAUCAAGACAGAUGAUUGACAAGGAGGCCGCUGUGCUGGAGAAGAAGGCGUCUGCUGUUGGUGCAAGCGGCAAGGGGCGUUCAGAUGAUGAUCAAAUGGAGGUCGAAGAGGACCUAUGAGUUUCCAUGGGAUUGCCAGCUUCUUUGACAGGCAUCAAACACGUUUGGUACGCAAAUUAGAGGCACACACAAGGAUGCCAACCAUCUCGAUAUGCGAGCUAUCAGGGCCGCCUGAGCGGCAGAUACGACGUCGGAUUACGACGGCAUGUACUAGUAGGGUGGGCGGCGUUUGGUUGGUUUAAAGACAGCCUAUUAGAUAGCGCCAGCAUAUUGCGAUGCGCACCGAACUUGUUCCGGUCAGUCCCGGAAACACACC